AUGGACUAUUCAUAUUUCACGUCCGCACCUCAACCAUAUCAGUUUUUUCGGGCGCCGCAGUCAUCUUCCACUGCCCACGAAACCCAGCUAGACGAGCUCCGGGCUGGUCCCUCAGCAGAACAAUACGAUGCCGCCUUUGCGGCGUUUCAACAAAGCUUCCAUUACGAUCCCACUACUUUCCUCGCGCAACCGCACCAGGUGCCCGCCCAACCGCCAGAGGACCCCUCCGUCGUUCCAAACGAGUCGAUGACAUCCAUGUCUGAUAUGGAUAUGAACAACUUCAAGAGCAGCGAUCUGACACCGGAGGAUCCGGCUAUGGGCAGGAGCAGCAGUGAAGAGAAAGACUCCACGAUGACAACACAACAAAGCAGAAGAAAGGCGCAAAAUAGAGCAGCCCAACGUGCAUUUCGGGAACGGAAGGAGAGACACCUGAAAGAGCUGGAAGCCCAGAUGACCAAUCUACAGCACCACUCUGUUGCAUUGAAAGGCGAAAACGAACGGCUUCGCCGUGAAUUGGCAAAAAUUGCGACUGAGAAUGAGAUUCUGCGAGCAACAUCAGGAUCGGCUUCCAAUGGUCCGACGCCGUUCCUGGAGGAGCCUGAUGAGCUGGUCGGCCCCCUAGGAUUUGUUCCCACCGACCGCCGGCCCCCCAGGGACCACUCCCCAGCGAGCAGCGUGAAUUCCGGGCUGAAGACUAAUUCAAAAUAUGCCCAAUUUGGGACUUUAAGAACCAUCACGGUUGACAGCGAGACCGGCGAGCAAUUGCUUGGUGUUGGAGCAACCUGGGAUUAUAUUCAAGCACACGAGCUCUUCCGCGACGGCCUGGUCGAUGUCGGCGAUGUCUGCGAGCGUCUAAAGAAGAUGGCACGAUGCGAUGGACAAGGACCCAUUUUCUUGGAGAGCGACGUUCGAAAAGCGAUUGCUGAGAGUGCUGUUGCUGGGGGGCGAGAUGAGUUGAUCUGA